GGUCUGAAGUAGAGCGCUUAGCCCGAGACCGAUGUCGAAAUACUGUUGGAGACCUCUGCCUCACCAGGGGGACCCUAAGGGACCUUAAGCAACGACAACAAUAUAAGCCGCUAUGCCAUUCUUUACUAUCAUUUAACAAUAACCCCCCGCUACACAUUUCAAUUGUUUUCUGUCAAUCACUUUACUGAAGGGAAUUUAAACUUUCAAUCAUAAAAAAAAAAAAAAAAAAAAAAAAAGGAAUUGUAGUUAUUUGGUUAUAUUGGAUACUAUACAAAACGGACAUGCGGGAGGUCUUUUUCUUUAUUGUUUCGAUUGGUGGUGGUGGUAAGUGGUUACUGGAGCCCAUAGAUAUCUACAACGCAAAUGCGCUUGAGAUAUAAGUUCUAAGGUUUCAAUAUAGUUACAACGGCUGCCCUACCCUUCAAACCGAAACGCAUUACUGCUUCACGGCAGAAAUGGGCAGGUCGGCGGUACUUACUCGUGCGCACUCACAAGAGGUCCUGCCACCAGUAAUAACGCAAAUUAUAAUUUUGUAAUUGUAAUUGUAUUAAUUGUAACCCGUGUAAUAACACGAUGUUAUUUGUUCCUUCACCGUGUUAGUCAAUCGUGAACAUUUGUUAAGUACGUAUUUCAUUAGUCAAAAAUUGGUAUCCGAGUAUCCGCCAUCGGGAUUCGAACACCGUUGCGUCACUCGAUAAGUCUGCAACGACAGAAGAUAUCGAAUUUCGACCUUCGAAUUUAGAUUAAAAUAAUAACAGUCCUAACCAUAAACAAAAUCUAGCGGAUUAUAAUGAAUCAUCAAUUAUGCAGGUACACAAACUAGUUCGGAACAAUGCUAUCCAGUAUGCGGACUCGAGCGAUGGCCAGCAUCACGUAUAAAAGGAUGAAGAUGCUCCCGCACCUCGUACUGAGCGUCUGCUGCGCUUGCGAAACACUACAACAACUAAAACAUGAGAUUCUACGCUUCCCUCGUUACCCUCGCCAUGUUGGUGGUCGCCGCCUCCGCUGGCUACAUCAAGAGCGGAUGGUCGAGUCCAGGAUACAGCUCGGGCUACGGCGGCUUUUCCGGAGGAUAUCAUAGCGGUCUGGGCUAUGGUGGUCAUGGAUACAGUGGUCUGGGCUAUGGCGGUCACGGGUAUAGCGGUCACGGGUAUGGCGGUCACGGCUACAGUGGUCACGGCUAUGGCGGUCACGGUUUCGGUGGGCAUGGCUACAGUGGUGGUCAUGGAUGGAACAAAGCUAGGAGCUACUGGUAAAUUAUUGGAUUCACCACACCUUUAAUACAGUAUUCGCAGUAACUCAAUGUAUAGAUGCACGAGUGUUCGUAAUAAUCUGUCUGCGACAUUUUAAAUAUUCACAUAGUUUUGUUGCUAGAAUUCAUAUCAAAACGAGAAUCUUGUUUUUAUUUCUUUUUUUUUUUCAAAAAUUCUCAAUGCAUUAUUAACAUCCAAAUACACUUUGUACCGACCGGACAAUGGAAAAUUAUAUUAAUUGGUUCAAGUACCUGAUUAAAUUAAUUGUUUUAUUGAA